CAAGGGCAUGCCGAGCACUUGGUCCGCCCAGCGGGGUGGGAAGAUGCGGGACACCCGAGGGGAGCAGAGCCUGGGACAUCCCCACGCCGCAGCACCCCCGCUGCUGGUCCUGGUGCAGGGGGGCGCCCUCACAGGCCCGAUGCCUGGACUCCGCUCUCAAGCCGGCUGGCGCCAGACGGGGGCAGGGAGGGAGAGGGGGCUUCCUGGUGAGGGAGGGACCGCGGGGUGGUGACGCUGCGGAGAGCCGGGGCACGGGUCAAAGUGUGGCCCCCCGGAGGGCGUGAGCCCUCCCCCAGAGGCGUGGCAGGGCCAGCCCAUAUAGGCCACCACCGCAGCCCGUCAGAGUGGGGCGGCAGCGGCCGAGGGCGGGGCUGCCGGUGCCCGGGCGCGUCGUCCUGGUGCGUCCCUGCUGCUGGGCCCCGCGGAGGCCGAGCCGCUGCCCCAGGGAGAGCCAUGUGGACACCGGAGAGGCGGGGCGCACCGCCCCUGACCCGGCCGAGCGCGCUGCGCGCCCUGCUGCUGGCUCUGGCGGCGCACACGGCCGCGGCGGCGGGCGCGCUCACCUACCCGUGGCGGGACGCGGAGACCCGGGAGUGGCUGGUGUGCAGCCAGUGCCCCCCAGGCACCUUCGUGCAGCGGCCGUGCGGCCGGGACACCCCCACGAUGUGCGGUGCGUGCCCUCCACGUCACUACACCCAGUUCUGGAACUACCUGGAACGCUGCCGCUACUGCAACGUCAUCUGCGGGGAGCGCGAGGAGGAGGCGCGGCCCUGCGAGGCCACGCACAACCGCGCCUGCCGCUGCCGCCCCGGCUUCUUCGCGCACGCCGGCUUCUGCCUGGAGCACGCCCCGUGCCCGCCCGGCACCGGCGUGGCUGUCCCCGGCACCCCCAGCCAGAACACGCAGUGCCAGCCAUGUCCCCCUGGCACCUUCUCGGCCAGCAGCUCCAGCUCCGAGCAGUGCCAGCCCCACCGCAACUGCACCGCUCUGGGCCUGGUCCUCAACGUGCCGGGCUCCUCCUUCCACGAUGCCCUGUGCACGAGCUGCACGGGCUUCCCGCUCAGCACCGUGGCGCCAGGGGGGCCAGGGGCUGAGGAGUGCGAGCGCGCCGUCAUCGACUUCGUGGCUUUCCAGGACAUAUCCUCCAAGAGGCUCUUGCGGUUGUGGCAGGUCCUGGCGGGCCCGGAGGCCCAAAGUCUGGUGGCACCGAGGGAGGGCCGCACAGAGCUGCAGCUGAAGCUGCGGCAGCUGCUCGCGGAGCUCCGGGGUGCACAGGCUGGGGCGCUGGGGGCGCGGCUGCUGGGGGCGCUGCGGGAGGCCAGGCUGCCUGGGCUGGAGCGCAGUGUCCGCACACGCUUCUGGGUGCACUGAGCACCCUGCCCCCCGUUUAUUCUGCUCCCAAGCUUUGGCCCCACGUGGGCAUCAUCCCCAUGGCACCAAAGUAACCUCAACUGACCGACUAGGCUCCUGUUGCACUAACAAAGUUUAUUUUUUAUAAAGCCGUUUUGUAAAA